UCGGUACAAGUUGCAAUUGAUUUCCCUUAAAAUACCAUACAUGUAGUAUUGCAAUGAAGAACAAGGCAAAUAUUAACUUCCUUAUAAAAAAUAAAUCCACCACAAAUAUGUCUAUGAAUCUUACAAGGAUAUGAUAUUCUAUAGUUUUCUUUAGUAAAUAAAAACAAGUUGUCAGAGUAAUUGGAAUUUAAUUUAAUGAAUCGUAAUUACAAAUACAUGUAUAUUCCAGCAAUUUGUAGAUUUGCCGGUAUUCCGAGAUAAAUGUUCGAUUUGAAAGUGUGGUGUAGUUAGGAAUUAUUAUGGCAAUAUCGAACGGUUUCAGCAAUUUGAGAGAAUGGGCUCCUUUAACUGAUUUAUUGAAUAGAAUACCAUCUAAACCAAAUCUGAAUAUAUUUUCUGGAGAAGUAAAAAUAACAUGUGUUGAUAUUUUGCCAGAAUUUAUUGCUUUAGGUACAAAUUAUGGCAUGGCUUAUUGGUAUGACAGAAAGACAAAAAACCUUCAGAGACUUAGGUGUGAGAACUCAAAUGUGCCCAUUACAUCCAUUAAAGUCUUAUCUACCGUUGAUUUUAUGUUGGCUUGUGGUAGUACAUCAGGAAAUAUAAGUAUAUUUCAAAUACCAAAAGUUCAUCCAGAAUGGAUCCCAGAAAAACUUAAACCUAAGAAUAAAAAUGUUGAAAGGUACACUGUAUCAGAGUUACACAAAUCUGCCAUCACAGCAUUGGAAUGGUCUAAAAAUGGAAUGAAGUUAUUUUCUGGAGAUAAAGAUGGUUCUGUGGUUUUAACAGAAAUUGACUUCUAUAUGCAUAUUUGUAAAUCUUUAGAAAUAUUGAAUGAAAGUUAUGAAGUAGUACAACUAAGCUACGCUAAUCCGAAAUUAAUAGUAUCUACCACAUACAGAAGUAUUAUUUGCGAACAAGCAGAUAAAUGGAAUGUAAUGCAAAUUGGUCGUCAAGAUAGAAAAAUUUUAGGGAAUUUUGGAGCUCUUAUUCAACAAAAUAAAUUCAAAUCAAAAGAUGCUGUGAUAUAUUGCACAAGACCAGGCCUUAGGUUGUGGGUUUCAGAUGAUCAUGGUGUUGUUCAAAAAACUUUGGUUUUCAAGGAGGUGUUAAAAAGAGAUUGUGCUGAAGUGCCUCUUCUGAAUCCUGUAUCUAAACAUGUCCAAACUAAGUCUCCAAAAGAUGUCAACUUUGGUGUGAUUUUACCACUAGGUGAAAAUUUACUGGUCACAUAUAAUUCCAAUUUGAUAUAUAUUCUGGACCUUCAAAAUAUGACAGUGGUAUCAAAAAUCAGUCAGCUUCGAAGAGUUUUAGAUGUAGCAUGUCACAAAGAUGAAAUAUUUAUAUUAGAGGAAGAUAGGAAUCUCAUAAGGAUUUCAACUAAACCAGAAAUUAACUAUGAUGAAAUCAGCAUAUCUUCAGAGGAAGUAUCAUUCCUUCCAAGCUCAAUAAAAGGCCUAACAUCGAAACUUCAACCUUCAAGUAUCCUGUCAGUCGUGCCACCAGUGGUAGGACAAACAUUCAUAAACAACAUUAGUGAACACACAGAUGAUGAAUUGAUAAUGAACGCUGAAGAAGCUCUAGAAGUACAAAUGAGUCCUCGUGAAGAAAUGCCUCUAAAGCGUUUUGAUAAUAUUGAGGUUGAUGAUUCAAAUGAAAUUCUCUACAAACAUAAGAAACAUAAGAAGAAGAAGCAUGAUAAAGAUCGAACAAAUCCUGGAAUUAAUGAAUUGGUGAAAAAAAAUAUUUGUGUUACUGAACCGACUUUAAUGAGCAUGAGUACAGUGGGGCAACUGCCAGAUCUUAGGAGUCCCCAGACCAUUCUCAGCAGUAUAGAACAGAAAGAAAAACUGUUAGCAGCAUUCUUAACUUAUGAUAAGAAUGAUUUGCCAGAACAGUCUUCUGAACAAAUUCAAAACUCAGACUUAAAUAUUAAUGAUGUGAAAAAAAAUGCUAUUUCAACUAAAGAGAAGGAUAAUUUUGAUUCAGAAAAAGUUGAAAAGCAAUGUAAAAAUGAGUAUCAAUCUUCAGAUACAAGUACUAUCUAUAAUAAUAUGAUAGAAAAUAAAACAGACAAAAAUUUGACCACUUCUCAAGACUAUCGAUCAGCAGAAUCUAUAACAAAAGAACAGAGCAAAUGCUUGUUGGGAUUUGAAGAAAUUCCUAAUGUGAGCAAAGCUGACAAGGUUCUGACCUCGAAAAAUAAUGCAGAACCAAAAUUUAAAGAGAAUAAAAGAAACUCUAAACAAUCUGUGAUAAAAGAACAAAGUUCAGAUAAAGGUAUUACUGAUAAAAUAGAUUUUGGAGGGUUGAUAGAUAUAGAUAAGAUUCUUACCCUACAAGAAAGUAGGACUCCUGCAUUAAAGGAGAAUUUAAAAGCUACUUUCGUGAAUGGUAAAGUUAUGAAAAAAAGCCAGACUUCUGUUAUGAAUGAUAGUAUUGCUUUCUUCGAUAUAGAAGAAAUUAAUCAAAAUGCAGGUAAAUUCGAUAACCUCAGUAUUAGUGAAUAUUCAUCCUCUUCUAAAAAGAAAGAAAAUUCAAGAGCCAUUCCUAUAAUGUCAAAAUCUACUGAUAUUCCAGCACAUAUGGAUAUUCCAAAUAGAUGGAAGGUGCCCCCCCUUGAAAGGAAAAACUCUGAUCAGUUGCUUAAAGAUUGGGUGAUUCUGUAAAUUAUUUUAUUGUUGAAAGUAUACUUUUUUAUAUUUUAUAAUAUAUUCUUUUUAUUCACUAGUCAUCUUUGAAUUUUCAAGUACAGAAAUUUAAUCAUGUUAUACAAAUAAAUCAUCAUAUGUUUGCAAUAUAUAAACUAUUUUUUAAAAAUUUUAUCAAAAGAGUUAUUUUCAAUAAAGAAUUUGCUUUGCAUUGAAUCUGUCCAUUAAAAAUUACUUCAACUCAAAUGUUCUUUCUUCAACAAUGUGUUAUCAUAUCAACACAAUGAAUGAAAAUGGCUUCAAUAUGCACUGUUUCUUUUAAGUAAGUUCUCCGUUUUAUACUAUAAAAAACUAUUAUAUAUAGUUUAUUGAAAUGGUGUGACACAUUUGAAUACAAUAAAAUUCUAAUAAAGUUCAAAUCAAUGAAACUGAUGGACUUCGCUGUUAAAUUUUUAUGAACACUAUAUAAAACUCAAUUCUAAUAACGAAAAACUAUUUAUUAAAAUCAUAAAGUCACAACACAUUGUACUCGAAUACCUUAAAAUACCUGGUGAUUUAAUAAUGGCUGGAAAUCCACAAUCAAAAUAACAAAUAUAUUAGUAUAAAAUGUGUAAAAAUACAUCUACUUUAGUAUAACAUAUUAACUACAUACACAACAGUUGGGAAUGGUUCAGAUACACUGCCUAUAAUAGGACCGCAUUUCUUAAUUUUGAAGCUUAAAACAUAGAAAAUGAGUUGAUCAAUCCUAUAAAUUAAGCAUGGCAGUGGAUCCAAACUGAUAAUCACAAUUCAAAGUUUCUGCAAAUAUACUCAUCUUGAGAUUUAUUUAGUACUUGAGAUCAUGUUUAAAUUGAAAGGGUACACAUAAAUCUAAAAGUGAUGUAUGUUGAUUGUACAUUUAUGUAAAUUGGUACUUUCAUCUCAAUUUGAUGAGUAUAUCUUUUUAUGGAAGGCAAAACAGAAAAAUUCACACACCUUGGAAAAAUAGAGCUUGAAAAUUACAUAAUCCACUAAUUUGAUGAUGUUUUCUAAGCAAUCCACCAAUCCAAAAAUAGAGUUUUUGAAAAUGAUAUCCAUAUACUUUCUAGAGUUCUAAGCAAUCCACUCAAAGAUAGCUCUGUUCUAUAAUAUAUUGUCACACUUCAAAUAUUUAGUCUUGUAGUUACACUUUUUGAAUUGAAUAAAACUAUACAUAUA